AUGCCAGCUAUUGAAGCAGAUUUUCAAGACAGAAUCCAUGGCUUGAAAUCUGGGAAGUUGUUGAAAGAAUUCCGUGGCCAUUCUUCUUAUGUGAAUGAUGCAAUCUUUACAGCUGAUGGAAGUCGUGUUAUUACUGCAUCUAGUGAUUGCACAGUAAAGGUCUGGGAUGUGAAGACUACGGACUGUCUGCAAACAUUUAAGCCACCACCUCCUUUACGGGGAGGUGAUGCUUCUGUGAAUUCUGUUCAUCUUUUCCCCAAAAGUACUGAUCAUAUUAUUGUUUGUAAUAAGACAUCAUCAAUCUACAUUAUGACACUUCAAGGACAGGUUGUGAAGAGCUUCUCAUCUGGUAAAAGAGAAGGUGGAGACUUUGUUGCAGCCUGUUUGUCACCAAAAGGGGAAUGGAUUUACUGUAUUGGUGAAGACAGGAAUAUGUACUGCUUCAGCUAUCAAUCUGGUAAACUAGAGCAUCUAAUGAAGGUCCAUGAAAAAGAUGUAAUUGGCGUCACUCAUCACCCACACAGGAAUCUUGUGGCAACGUAUGGUGAAGACUGCACUAUGAAAUUAUGGAAGCCUUGA